AUGAUUGAUAUGAUCCCCCUGACAGUAUACGCUGCCCGUCUUCUCAUUUGGGCUAUACGACCAGCCAGAACUAUAGAAAGCCAUGUUUCCAAGUCUGGCAAGAAAGAUCUGCGCGUUGUUCCCAAGCCCCGCAACCCCUUCAACAUCCUCCCAAACGAGCUACUGAUGGAUAUUGCCGAUCUUCUCGACCCCGCCGACAAAGCCUCCUUCGCUUACACAGACCGACGAGCAUACUGCUGCACCGGAAAAUUGGACUUUCUUCAUCCAGAAGAUAAAAUCCAGUUUCUCACUCGCCUAGACCGGGAAGGGUUCAUGCCCUUCGACAUUCUUUGCCACGUGUGCGCCAAGUUUCACCCCCCGAGAGGCGAUCGUUGGUGGAACGACGCUGAAGGCCAAAGGGAAUGCAUCCUCGAUGGCAACUCGGAAGUCAUCCAGCAGGGCUAUCUCGACUCCCCGUUCCUCCCUUACCACGUUUAUUUCGACAUUGUCGCUGCGGUUUGUCGAUCUUUCAGACUCAAGAACGGCAACUACAUUGUCAAUUGUCUGGCUGAUCGAAACGUGUACAAGACUAAAGGGGCCAAGAUCUCAAGCAGGACAUCGGCACGCUUCUGUGAGGGACGCUUCGGUGAGGGUCAACUCAUUCUCAAGACAGAGAAUGUCCUGCUUCUCCAACCUGGCCCUGAUCUCUCGCAAAACGUGGCAAACCUCAACGACCUUCUCUAUGAGAAUUGGUGGUUGACCGGAGUAUGCGGGCAUGUCAGCUGGGACAUGAUCUGGCCCUACAUCUUCAACCCAGAGGAAGAGAGCCCUGACGUGAAGAUUUACAACCACGUUUUGAGCAAAGAUACCACGACUCUCCCAGUUCUCGACGGUUGGGAUAUGAGCAGUUGUGUCUGGGAGGCCCCCAUUGGAUGUUGGACUUGGACUGUCGAUGUCAUAAGCCCAUUCGCUGAGUGGCACUGUGAUGAACUCUGGACGUGCGCCAAAUGCUCCACCAACUUCAAGAUCAGUGUUGUUCGGAGACCGUCAGACCCGCUAGCCAACGCCAUAGUGUUUACCUCGUGGAAGGAGCUUGGUAAGGGCGUGAGCCUGUCGGAUGAGAACUGGAGGGCGCACAUGGAUACCUUUGAUACCGUGGAGUAUGAGGAGUAUCCUCCGCAGGUGUGGCAGAACAUGGCAGCCAUGGCAUUUGAGGGGAUUGAGGGAUUGGGUACAAAUUUUACUUAUGUGCCGGAUUUGGGCGACGUGUUGGAGGAGUUGGACAAAAUUGACGACGACUGA